AUGCCCACACCACCUGUAACCACGCUUGCUGUUGACCCAAUCCGCCCCCCAUUACCGGCUUGCUCUUCUUUCCAUGAUUCUUCAACUUCUUCUCAUACCCGGCGGGAAUCUAGAGACAAAGCGGCCGUUUCUUUCCUGUUAUUUGUGAAUGAGCAACACCGCAGACCCGUCGACGCAUGUCGCUGCGUUCGUCCUCACGUCCUCAUCCGCGAACGGGGACAAGACAUCACCGCCAACGCUCAUCGCCCGUUUCCACGCCCCCAAACCAUGCAACGGGUCUCGAGCUUCCUUCCGUCGUGGGAGGCCAGGAGGAGAAGCAACGCUAGCACAGCGAGCAAUGGCCGAAGCAGUAUCGUCACCGCAAGCAGCGUCAAGUCCCCCCUCGAAAAGGUCUUUCGCUGGUCUAGCAAACCUCCUGCGCCGCUCACCACCGCCGCCCUCGCCUCUGCCACCUCUCGUAUCGGCCGCGAGGCUUUUUGGCCCGCCACCCUCGAUGCCGAAUGCGACCGAUCUGCUCGCAUAUUGAAAUCGUUUUGCUCCGACGGCUUCCUGGCACCCUUAGAUGACCUAUCAAAUACUACUGACGCCAACGCUGAACCCAAAACGCCGGCACGCGUUUUCAAAAAGAUCCCCUCUCGCAUAAUACAAAAUGCUGCCGGCAUCGCCAUCUUCACCUGUAUGCGAUCUGGUUUGUGGAUGACCGGAUCGGGCGGCUCAGGCAUUCUCAUCGCCCGCAAAGCCGACGGCACCUGGUCGCCACCCUCAGGCAUUAUUCUGCACACACCUUCACUUAGCUUCAUAAUGGGCAUUGACAUAUACGACUGUGUCCUGGUAAUCAACAACAUCGCCGCCCUUGAAUCAUUAAUAACUAAACCGACCGUUACGCUGGGAGAGGACAUUGGUCUCACCGCCGGACCACUCGUAGCACUAGAGUCAACCGAAACCGAAAACAGGUGGAAGGACCUCGACAACACUGUUCUGACCUACAUGAAGGCUAGGGGUCAGACACAAAACGUCAAUCUGAACGGCUGCAUUCUGACCGAGCGAGCAAACGAAAACGAAAAAUUCUAUGGCGCCAAUGUGACCGCCAUGGACAUUGUCGCAGGGAACGUGUCGAGGCACGUAGACGAGACACGCCCGCUAUUCGAGGUCAUCAAAGAAGCCGAGGGAAGGAUCGACGCUGACCAGGUCAUUCUGAAGAAGCUGUCAGCGUUGCCGGCACCUGGAGAUGCAAUGAUAGAGACGCCGAGAAGCUCGAGAAGCUCGCCGGCUUCGCCUAAGACUCCUUUUGGCAUCCCUCUAGCGGACGAUCCGGACCCUUACGGUGUUCUCGCGUUGGAGAUGGCGGGGUUGGAAAUCCGAGAGGCCGGUACACGCCUGCGGCCCACGAGCAAUCAGUUUGAGUUUCACCCCGCUCCGUCAAGCCCGGCUUUCUCAAGGUUCCGGCAGAGUGGUGAGACGUUCACGACCAAGAGCAAUAGAGGCAGUUUGAUGUCUACGAAGACGAGUCGUACUAAAAUGUCCGAGUCAUGGACGCAUUCCAACCCGACGGGCACGCCAUACACCUCGCCGAGCCAGAGCCAGAGCCAGAGCGAAGACGGAGUCUCGGUCAACAGUCUCCCCGUCCUCAAGGAACCGGAAGAGCCGGAGGAAGUGGACUACACCAAAAUCGACUUCACUCCGCUGAGACAGAUCAGCGGGAGCCACUCAAUAGAGGGAACCGUAGUGACAGAUAGUGACGACCAUUUGCGAACCGACACCAGCACCAUGGACGAUACGGCUACCAAGGCCUCCAGCGUUUACACCAAGGACGAUGCCAGCGUAACCACCAAACAGGAUGACGAUAAGGUCGAUGUACAGAACGUGGAGCAAGAUGGCGACGCCGACGAUGAGGAUGACGAUGUUGAUGACGAUGUUGACGACGACGAUGAAGAACCCGUCAUCUUUGAGGUUGCCGCUGUGCAGCCCGCAGCCCGCACGGCCGUCAUGGCCGCCCCUAUUCACGCCAAGGGUGCGCUGGUGACCAUUCCUAAGAGAAUCCCCCCGCCCUUGCCCGCGAGGAGCCCCAUGAGGACCUCCCGUGCCAGCAAGAGCGAUAUCGGGGAUGUCAGCCAUCUCCACAGCCCUCUUCAGUCUUCUUUCACUCCUUCGCCCAGACAGUCGAUCGACUCAUCCUCCGUCCGAAGCAGAUCAGACAAGAUCCCGUCGAUUACGGAGACGGCGCCGGCCAUGUCCGACGUUGAGAAGUUGGAGAACACCGAUUCUGGCGUGACUGAGAAGUUCCAGGCAAACGAUGUAUCUGAUUCCAAGACACAUGCUGCCCAGGAGUCGGAGCAAGCGACGCCUAUGGCACCUGGGGCCUUCCCGGCUGAAGGGGAAUUCAUGAUUCCUCUCGACAUCCCGCUGAAGGAAGAAGCUCCGAGCAUCGACUCGGGACGCAUGGCCCCGAAAGCAGUCGACGCCGUAUGAUACCAAAUUUGUUUUCACUUUGUUUUCUUUUUGAGCAGCACAGGCGCCACAGCACCAUUCGGACGCAGUCACUCGCCCCGUUCCUCUCAUUUGAGAUGUAUGUGUUACAGGCGUUUCAGGGCAUAUACGAUUGAUCCUCAGUUGAGGAUAUCGGACCACUACUGCAAAUGACGACCAACUUUAUGACAGGCAAAAGGCGUUCACGGAUGUACGAGAUAAAAGACGGCCAGGCAAGGAAGCACCACAGCCAUAUGGAUACCAGGUACGGGAUUGUCUAAGGGACCAGGGAGAGCAAUUUGCCAGGGGGAAUUGGAGGCCAGUAUUGUAUAGAAACUUGGAUAUCGGGUGAGGCACAGCUGAUUACGCUGGAACAACACAUCAUGGAGACUGGACUGGGGGAUUGCGACUCUGCAAGGCUGUGGUGUAACUUGACACUAAGAGAGAGAAAGAGAGAGAGCCCAGCCAACUACGUAUUGUCUAAAGAUAAUGAACAAUCAUUUAG